UUUAGCCUGAAAUCAGCAUUUCCUUUUUAACUUUCGUGUUUGCUUUCAGUUUAAUUUGAAUGUGUUCGUCAGUCCAGGAAGAAAGAGAGUCUCUUCUGGAGUCUGAUCUUCUCGUGCAUCAGAGCUGUGGUCAUGUUAUGUUUUUGGGGAGCGCAGGUCAGAGAGGGUUUGGGGCUGGUAAAGCCUGACCAAGUCAAACAUGGCAAUUCUGGAAUACGAUCCAUGUGUCCGAAAUCAAAUGUUCAGGACAUGUCAGCUGGAAGGAGUUUUGCUGGAUUUAUCCGGGAUGGGAAGGUCUCGGUCCUGAGAUUGCUCAGUGAAGACCGUAAUGAUGGGAAACUAAAGCAACUACAGCUAAAGAAUGACAGAAUCAGACUGAUUGUCUGUGGAGGAGAUGGUGCAGUGCUUCUUUCUGAUUCAGGAAAAGUUCUCAUCAUGGACAAAUUUACUGUGUGCAAGCCUCUCAAAGGUCUGGAUAACAGGCAGGUGAUUCAGAUCACAUGUGGAGACCAUCAUUCAGUGGCACUAACCAACGAUGGUCAGGUGUUGGUAUGGGGUGAGAACUCUCAUGGUCAGCUGGGUUUGAGGAAAGAUCAUCCCGGCUCUCCGUCUGCUCAACAUGUUCAGAGUCUGAGUGGGAUCCCGCUGGCUCAGAUCAGCGCUGGAGGAGACCACAGCUUUGUGUUGUCUCUCUCUGGAGUCGUGUUUGGAUGGGGAAAGAACUCUGCUGGACAGCUGGGCCUCGGAGACACUACAGACAGACACGUCCCAACAGUUGUAAAUAGCCUGAACUGGAAAAAAACGGUGUCCAUUUCAUGUGGAGCGGAACACACUGCCACUUUAUCAAAGGGCGGCACAGUGUUCACAUUUGGAUCCGGAGGUUCUGGUCAGCUUGGGCACAACUCAUUUAGAGAUGAACAUCAUCCGCGGGUGGUUGCUGAACUGUGGGGGUCUGAAGUGUCACAGGUCACAUGUGGGAGACAUCACACACUUGUAUCAAUCGCAUCGUCAAAGCUGAUCUACUCGUUUGGAUGUGGCAUGCAAGGGCAGCUGGGAAACGGAGAAAUGAUCAAGCAGUCUGUGCCUUUCCCUGUGGAUCUGCCAACCGAUUGUAAUCAUGAAUAUACAAUUGAAAAAAUCAUCGCUGGGGAGAAUCAUUCCUUUGCCUUGUUUUUCAAAGAACUGGAAAGUAAGGUCAAAUCCAAUCCAAGCAGAGGGGCUUUGACAUUAAAUGACAGAAUGAUUGACCGAUGGCUGUCUGGAACUGAUUCAUUGGCAACCAUAAAGCAGUUAGUGUUUCCAUUUACUGAUACUGAUAUAAAUCCAGAGUUUAUGUAUACUAUUUCCAUGCCAUUUUUGAAAUACUGGGAAAUUGCAUGUGGAACUGAGUGUCCAGGACCUUAAUGCAUUUGUCCUUCUUUUUAAACUUACUAUUAAAUCGAAGAAAUACCAGAGAGUAAAUAAUUGUUGUUUAUUUACACAAUCCAGUAAGUGAAUCU